AUGGAAUAUUUCGAUUUCGACGAGGCCUCCCAUGGCUUUCGCGGACGGGACGAUGAUGUGGCUUCGGACCACAUCGAGGUCGAUGAGGAUGACAACGCGGCGGCCAACAAUUGUACCCUUGCCCUGGAACAACCGCUAGACUUUUCCAACGAUCCCCAGGAACCACCGGUGGCAGAACGAGAUCCCCAGAGUACCUCCCAUCCGACCGUGGACAAUCGAGUUUAUCCCAUGUUCCGUGCCAAAGAUUCCUGUGACUUUUGCAGGAACAUGGGCUUGGACUGUUUUGUUGCGACACGCGGAGUCAUGCAGAAGAACGGCUGCACAUGCUGCAUAUCUCUCUAUCGCGAAUGCAGUUUCAACCAUGCGAAGGCACCUGGAAAAUUCUUGGACACCUUACACCCAAUCAAUGAGAACGUGGACAUCCCCACCGGAGGUCUCACGGGAAAGAAGGCGCUCAAAUCGCUCUCCGGCGUUGCAGUCCCGGAAGACGUGGACACUCGGUCGAGGAAGAGCACGUCUCGACUGUCACGCGAGGCUGUUCGCAUCCUCAAGGACUGGCUCUACGAGCAUAAAGACCAUCCCUACCCCAGUGAGCAGGCAAAGGAUGAACUAAAGGAGCGCACAGGCUUGAAACGCAUCCAAGUCUGCAAUUGGCUUGCAAAUGCCCGACGGCGCGGCAAGGUUCGCCAUGCCCCGCGAAGCAGCUCCCCCGUCCCGGGAGCGAUUGACAUCCCGGACCAAGACAAGCAACGGAGGGACCUCACCCUCAUGACUCCAAUGGAACGAUGGAAGCACUCCCCCCCCGAAAACGAACCCGCCGCGACCACAGAUAUUUUGCGAGCUUUGGUCAAUACUUCGUUGGAUUCUGUAAGGGAACGAUCGUCCAAUACGGGUCACGUGCGUUCUUACUCUAGGGUGACUGGGUCUAGCAAUGACUCAAGCCAUGCCAACUCCAAUAUGUUCCACACCCCAUCCGUCUCUAGCUUGGAGACGAGUCGGUCUGCCACUCGUUCCUCAGCCUCCUCUCUCUCUCUUGUCUCGGACUUCUCUCAUCGGUCGUCCCUUGGAUCGUGGGGCUCAAUGGAGCGGAAAGAGCGUCGCCGCCGUCGCAAGGCGUCGGCGCCCAUCAACCCCUUCAACCAACAGAAAGCCCGAAGUGCCCGUAUCUUCCAAUGCACCUUCUGUGCCGACUCCUUCCAGACCAAGUACGAUUGGCAGCGCCACGAAAAGUCAUUGCAUCUGGCCCUGGAGAAGUGGACGUGUUCCCCUCAAGGUGGGAUCGUUCACACGGAUGGUGCCAGCCGCUGUGUCUUUUGUAUGGCUACCAACCCGGACAAUGCUCACUUGGAAACCCACAACUUCAGCAACUGCCAAGAGAAGUCCCUGGCCGAGCGUACCUUCUACCGAAAAGACCAUCUCAACCAACACUUGAGACUCAUGCACGAUGUCAAGUUCCUUCCUGCCAUGGAGAAGUGGCGCAGCAACACCUGCGAGAUCCGAUCUCGCUGCGGUUUCUGUGCCAAAGAAUUGGUGACCUGGAAGGACCGAGUGGAUCAUUUAGCCAGCCAUUACAAAGACGGCGCUAGCAUAGACCAAUGGCAGGGUGAUUGGGGUUUCGACCCCAAGGUCCAAAGCCUGGUCGAGAACGCCAUGCCCCCCUACCUUAUUGGACAGGAGCGGAGUUCGUUGGAUCCUUACACGACUGCCGACAGCCUAAGUCGGCCACCGGGCCUCAAGGUACCCGACGACGCCAACUGCUUUGAACGUCUCCAACGUCAACUCACUGCCUUCGUUCAUUCCCAGCUGGCAGGCAAUGUCAUUCCAACGGAUAGGAUGAUCCAAGAUGAGGCCCGGCAGAUCAUCUACGGGACCGAUGACCCCUGGAACCAGACAUGUGCCGAUAACCCUGUGUGGCUGAGUGUGUUGAAGCGGGAUUCCGGGCUGACGUCUCUUCCCAAAUCGGACCAUAUCCAAUUCGACAAUCUUGGGAUGCGACCUCCCUAUGCCUCCGACCACGGUCUACCACGGGCUCCCAUGGAGACCAACUUCCUCGCCCGGACCUUUUGCUCCCAACCGAUGUUCAACUCAGGGCCAUUCAGCUCUGGGAUCCACAGCCCCGCCGCUCUAGGUACCGGGCAAUCCUCCGCUGCUCCUAGUUUCCCCGGUAGCUCCUCUGGAAGCUACGUCGGGGGUAGUGGAGCAGUGCCCGUGACCCACCGCGCGGGAUUGUCCGCAGACUUGGGAAGCAGCUAUUCCCCCGGCUUCUCAUCCGAGUCGACCCCAGCUAGUGGAUCUGCCGAUCCACUCGUGCAGAUGGGAUUCGAGCCGGCGUUUUUGCGGCGAUUGGAGGAAAAUUAUGAUGGGCUGCAGCUGGAAGACCUGGAAGGCUUGACCUCUGAAGACAACCCUGUCCCUGGAAGCGAAUGCAAGACCGUGAAGGCUGCAGGAAAGCUUCCGGAGCCAACCCCCGAGUCCAUCCGGAUCUCGAACUCUAAGCAAGCCGACUCGAUGGUGGUUGAUGAUCCGUGGGAGGAUCCCGCACAAAGCAUGCGCUACUGGGGAUAG